AUGCAUCUCGAUACUGCCGUGAAGAGAUUUAAAGAUCUUGUUUCUUUCAUUGACAAUUAUAGAAAGACUGUAUUUGAGAAUUCGUUGAUUGAAGCUACAGCGGUCGCUGCAACAAUGGGGAUUGAACCUCAUUUUCCAGAAAAACGCAUAAUUAAAAGAACAAGACAUUUUGAUGAUGAAAGUGCAUCCGAAGAAGCACCACCAUCAGGUAAAGAUUCCUUUGAAGUUAACUAUUUCAAUUACAUAUUAGAUCAAGCUAUAUCUUCACUCACUAGUAGAUUUGAACAAUUUCAAGAGUUCGCGGAAAUUUUUGGAUUCUUAUAUAAUGUUGAUCAGUUGCGUUCUCUUGAUGAUGAUAUCUUAUUGGAUUCUUGUAUCAAUCUUGAAAAUCAUCUAAAGCAUGGUAUGAGUUCCGACAUUAAUGGGCAUGACUUAUAUGCGGAAUUCAAAGUUUUAAAAAGUUAUCUGCCAGCCGAAACCGGUAAAGCAAUUGAUGUAUUGAAUUUCUUAAAGGAUAUGGAAGGUUGCUACCCGAAUGCGUUUAUUGCAUACAGAAUCUUAUUGACAAUUCCAGUUACAGUCGCCUCGGCUGAACGAAGUUUUUCGAAGUUGAAUUUAAUCAAAAAUUAUCUUCGGUCGACGAUGUCACAAGAAAGGUUGAAUGGGUUAGCAAUGUUGUCUAUUGAGAUUGAGAUGUUAGAUAAUAUUGAUUUUGAUAGUAUAUUUGAAGAUCAGUUUUUAUCAUGAGAUAAAUGUACUUGCUUUAUGGUUUUAGCCUCAUUUUUGUUGCAGUAUCGCUUGACAGUGUAAUGCUAUCUCAAAUUGCUAGAAUUCUUGUUAUUUUGCUUAUAUAGGCCCCCAUUUAAGUAAGUUCGCCUAGGGCCUCUAAAACCUUUGGUACGUCCCUGGCUGUAUGGGUGAUAUUUCAGACGUACAGGGAGAUAAUAAUUGCAGCUGGUGGUCUAACUUUGGAAGGAGUAGGAUUCGGAAAGGAGAUGAGCUGUUUUAUGCGGCCGGAGUUCGCUAAUCGCCUGAAUUUGGUUGAGCUGGUUUUGUGUUUGGUCUAGGAAGGAAGUCUGUGGAUAAGCUGUGAAAUUGCAGCCGCUGGUUCUUCUCGUAUUUCUACCAGUUUCGAACUAGCAAGGGAGAGGAAUGAAGUGUAGCAGCUAAGUUAGGCUGGCGGAGGAUAGCCAAUGAGAAGAUGAAGAGAAGAAGUUUAGGCCGUGACCUGAGUUGAGAAGUGAGUUGGCUGUUAUAUCGAAUGGAGUUGAAUAUGAGAAUGAAUGAGUGCUACUGGUGAAGUCGUGAUGGAGAAUAUUUUAUGGCUGAAGCAACGAACUGGUACAUCAAAGAUAGAGAAGGGUUUGUAUGUUAGCCGAUGAUCGAGGAGAAGAACGGACACCAGUAUGUUGUGGUUUGAGAUCGAGUGGCUGGAAUUCCAUCGUCAGGUGGUGAUUGUAAUGAUGUUAAUCGAGUUGUGUAAGUUCAGGGCACAUGAUUGAACUGAUUGUUACUGAUGGAGUUAGGAGUUGGAUGAUCAGAAACAGGCAUUAGCCGGACUUUGGAAUGGCCUGGAUGUAGAAUUCAGUUUGGGUAUUGGACUUGGCUUAUUGGGCAUUUAACGGCUGGGUCUCACUCGCACAUCUUCACGGCUCCACAUAUAUUUAGAUUGAGAAGAACGAAAAGGGGGAGCUGCGGAGACACAGCCGAUUAGGGUUGAAAGUUCUUUUUCAUUUUUUGUUUCGAUUAGCUAGGAUUUUUAUUUCUAUUGAUUCAUGGCUUUUAAGAAAGUCAUGGCUGGCUAAUCCAUGUUAGGGUGAAAGGAUGAACUUGUAGACUGAUUUAUUUGUGUUUUUGAAACAAGGAUUUUCUAUAAUAUGAGCUUAAUGAUUAUGGUUUUGUUUCUCUAUCAA